AUGCAAAGUGCUUAUCGGUAUGCCGUUAUGCUCACUCAUACAUCACGUUACAGUAUGGCCGCCGUUGGGCCUCCUGGACACCCGGCUGGCACUCCACAACCGCCGGCUGCACCAUUCUAUGGUCAACCAGCACCAAUGUAUCCCAAUGGUCCGGCCCGUCUACCGGCUGGAUAUCCCGGAGGCUAUCCUUAUCAUCCUGCUCAUCCUAGCGUUCCACCAGGACAUCCAGGUGGGCCGCCUCCUCAACAACCGCCACAAUUUGCCUCUGCUCCACAUCCGGCUGCUCAUCCUGCUCAUCCGCAGCAUCAGCAAUACAUACAGCAACAACAAAUGUGGCAUCAACGAAGUGGUUACCCUGCCCCUGGUCAAAUGCCUCCACAAGCGGCUAGGUAUGGUUAUCCGCCGAGGAUGCCUCCACCCCAAGGCGCACCCACUCAACAGAGUACACCGUCGCCGGGAGCUAACAAAAUGAGAUAUGCCCCACAACCACCACAGCCACAACCUGCUGUCCCACCGCAACAACAGCAGUACCCUGCGCGACCACCUCAGAUAACCGCCUCGUACCCACCUGUGGCUGCUCAGACUGCUCCAGCUCCGGCUCCUCUCGUUCCGCCCUCGAUGUCAUUCUCUCAUCAACACCAUUUCCCUCAUGGUAGUGUCGAAGCAACUGUCAUAAGCCAGAAACGGCGGCGUAAGAUCAUGGCAAGAGAGCUGAUCAAUGCUACUCCUCGACGUCUGAUCAUGGCUCUUCGUAGUGGUUUGGAGGCUGAGGCAAUCUGGGCUAUCAAUGCUUUGAACGUACUUCUAUACGACGACACUAAUCCACACCCUAGCCUCAACCAGAUGCCUGGGCUUCUGAACGUGAUCAUUGAGCAUUUCUGGGCGACUCUAUCUGUUCUUUUUCCAGAGACAUUCCCUCUCGGAGAGCCGUCGCAGCUUCAAGUUACCGAAGGAGACUUUGAUGCUCUACGUUUGCCUUUCUUGACAAAUGGGAAUGCUCGCGAACCCGUGAAGCAGCCCGUAGCAGUAAGAAAUCCCGAUCAUAAGAAAAAUUAUAAUAAGUGUUCGCGUACGGGAAGGAAGAUCAAAGUGCUGGAUGCAGAAAUGCCUGAGUUGCUUAAAAGGAAGCUGAUGUUAGAGGAAGGACCAAGUAAUCUGCCUAUAGAUGAAACACUCACUGCAGAGUAUGUUGAGGAAAGAGUAGAACUAGGGCUCGGUGGUGGUCUAGCGGAGCGAGUAGCUCUCCGUCUUCGGACUGAAUGGCAUGCUUCAAAAACGCAAAGUCGAGGAAGAUUUAGUUGUAAGGAAGAUCAAAAUGAAGGUUACGGUGAAACGAAACCUAGCGGUUCGGCAGCCAUCAAACAGGAAACAAAAGAAGAAGUUGAAAAGGUUCCGGAAAUUGUUAUGCUUCGUCGAGGACGAAGCAGUGAGACUUCUGAUGGGCCGCAUGACUAUGAAAUUCGAUGGCCUAGAGCUACUGCGCUAGCUGAUCGCAACGAUACGUUACAACGAUUCUCUCUUCGUGCCUUGGCAUUGUCAAACAUAUUACGCGGUUUCUCAUUUCUUCCUGGAUGUGAGCAUUUGCUCUGUACUCAUAGUGGACUUUUGUACAUUUUGGGACGAUUCCUGCAGCUGAUGGUAGUUGAAACACCUGUUCAACGUGUAAAGCCGGCGCCAAAGAUCGAAGUGGACGCCCCGUUGCCGGAACCUGAGUCGUAUGAAACAGCGAGAACGCGAGCAUUGUCACUGCUGGAUUGCGACGACUCUCAGCAAGUUUUGCUAGUUGAAACUGCGAAUCAGCUCAGAGACGAUGCUUUUGUGAUGCUUUGCCAUAUGAGUGUAGCGCUUGACCUUUUCGAUGUGCCUGAUCGGCUGGCUUAUCCAAUCUACGACGGAAUACUGCACUGGUGUUCGUCAAGCGUUCCCGAAGCUACAGAUCCUAUCCCUCCCGCGGCGGUCUCACCAAGAAAUUAUGCACUCGAAAUCAUGUGCAAGAUGUCGGUCUUGGAACGAAACGUGGACAUGUUGCUAUCCACUGGAGCAUGGCCACGAAUAGAGAAAAUUGUACGCAUGCUUGCGAAAAUGCUGAGUAUGAGCGAGGAAACUCACCACCGUGAAUUUGCCAUCGUUAUCUUGAAUGCUUUCUGUAACGCAUCUGAGGCAGUUUGUUAUGUGGCUGCCAUGCAAUCGCCUACAAUAGCAAAUCUCGUCUCGUUCAUCGAAACAUCGGACCAAAGCAUGCACCAGGUAAUGCAAACGCAUGGUAUGCCUGCGCUGCGUGAUAACCCGGAGAUGAUGGGCACCUCUGUGGGAAUGCUGCGACGAGCUGCUGCGAUGUUACGUCUUCUAGUCAAAGUUCCUGAUGCUUACCGCGUAUAUGCUAAGUUUCAGCAACGGCUACUUCAGUUUACUAUGAGCCAGCUGAUGGACUCUCGAGUAGCGGGUAUGAUAGCUGACGCUUUAUAUGAGAUUCAAGCGCUGCUCGGCAAGGAAAAACCGGCCAAUGUAAAUACGGAUGAGGCUAAUCACAAUCAUAAUGGAGAUACAUCAGAAGUGGUGAAAUCUGAGAAUACUGCGGAAGACACGCCAUCCUCCGUAUCUGCAGAUGUUGCGUCUGAAAACGUUACCAAUGACAUCUCAGCCUCACAAGCUGCUAUUAAUGGUGAUGCCACAACUCAAGCACUAAGAAAAGCAGCUAUGAAGCGAUCCGGAAUUAAUGACGAUUGUGUUACCAAAGCGCCAUCAUCAAAACGAGCCUGUUUGGAGAACGGGUACGAGAAGAAGAACGGGAAGCUGGAUAGUAGUCCGCUGAAGUUGAAAGAAACACGGGCAGAAAACGGAUCGAUGACCGCUGUCGCAUGA